AUGCAGAGUAGAUACUAUGGUGGCGACAAAUAUGACGAAAAUGACGAAGAAUCGGUGAAUCUUUUCCUCAGGGACUGUCAUCAGAGACAAUCUUUACUCUAUACAUGCCAUCCAAGCCCAUAUGCUUCUCUUGCCUUCUUCACAAGUCCACUUUCAAAAGGAGAGCUACUCUACUCGUCUGGUCAAAGUCGACUUCAGUUGCAUCUACGUGAAGGCGUUCCAUUUAGUUCGAACAAAGUACUCGAUUUUGUUAUUUUUGAAACUACUCUCUCUAAUACAUCGAAGUUGUCCAAAUUUCCGGUAACAUUGGAAGAGGAGGCAGCAGCUUUCCGCAGUCAUGGAUUUCCUCUUCUUGUCUGGCCUAGAAAUCGUGACAAGGCGAUUGUCCAAAAGGCAAGUUUCUAUCUCGACGACAACUAUCCAGAUUGUGGAGUCUGGUUCAGAGAACUGGAUAAAUGCCAGAUUUGGUUGAACAAGAAGUGGAUCCCGUUGGCCAUGUAUUUGGGCCUUGAAAAUCCGGUCAGCUCGGAAUCUACCUCUGCUGUAAUACUCAACCUACCCCCCGACUCAGUCACUGCCACCUUUGUCAAGGAACGCCUCACCUGGCUGUCCAAUUAUUGCGACCUUCUUCAAUCCUACCUUGUACAUCGUCGUAUCGCUACUCCGGGCUUUCAUCACAACCCUAUCCAUCGCCAGCUAAGACAUUUACUUCUUGAUCGCCAGAAGACGGUGGCUGAUGACUCUGGUUUCUUCAAUGUUGCAGGUGACCGCCUGUUGCACUUGGGUAGGUCGGCUGCGGCGGAGGGUAGGGUCGUGAAACUGCCUAUUCAUGAAAUGGCCAAUCAAAUAGCCAACUUGAAACAUCGUGCCCAGUUUCUAAGCGUCCUUCUGCCUCUAGCCGAUCUUAAAGGUGCUCUCCUGCAAAAGCGUGAUGCAACGGCAACAUCAUCAACCACCGGGACUUUCAUGAAGGCAAAGGAUGCGCUUAUUGAGGCCCUCCAAGAGGGCUCUGAGAACGAGUCCACUCCUGAAGGCGGCAGCGACGACAAUGAAGAGGUGAUGGAUGUGAACGAUAGUGAAGAGGAGCCUAGUGAUAAGCGUUCCGUAAUCUACCCCAAUCGUCCAGUUACAAAAGAGAUCAUGGAAAACCGUGGCAUCGUGAAAUAUCGCCAUAAACGCGAGAGAAACCCCCGCGUACACCUGCGUUACAAAUACAAGAAGGCCCAGAUCCGUUACAAAUCACGAGUGCCUAACCUGCGGAAGGAGGACACUCCAUACGCAGGAGAGUUGAGAGGAAUUCGAGUUAACAUGAUCAAAUCGCAUAAAUUCAAGAAGCCCACAUGA